AGUGAACUCGCCCCAACUCACGCUGCCUAGUCAUGUCUGUUGUUCAGAAGCUAUUUCUCUCCUCGCCCCGCUAUGCCGUCGUCGGCGCGUCGAAGGACACCACAAAGUUCGGUACAAAGGUCUUAAAGUGGUACCAGGCGCGGUCGAAGCCGGUCACUCCCGUUCACCCUAAAGAGACGGAAUUGGAAGGCAUUUCUACGGUCAGGACGUUGAGUGAUCUCCAAUCACCGGAAGAAACAUCCGUCAGUAUCAUCACGAAUCCGAAGAUCACACUCGGUCUCCUCGAACAAGCCAAAUCGCUCUCAAUCCCCGCGCUCUGGCUGCAGCCCGGAGCAGAGGACGAAGCCGUGAUCAAGUUCAUCAAGGAUAACGGUAUGGAGGACAGAGUCAUCUAUGGCGGGCCAUGCAUUCUUGUCAGUGGAGACGAUAUUAUGAAGAGUUUGUUGUAGGUUGGCAACCAACGACAUGGUUCUACGCGUUUUCCAGAAUGGGGAUUAUAGAGUAUUGUGUAUGAUAUUUUCCGAAUUGUCUUUGCAUCACUGGAGAUGUAAAUGUAUCGAGCUUUGAGCGAUCUCUAGAUCAC